GGGCGGCAGAGACCGGAAUAGGUUGCAAGCUGGCAGCGCAUGUGGCGGGCGCCGAACGCUGGGGAGCUCGCCGCCAGCCUCGCAGCUUCCCGCGCGCUCUGUACCAAGGCCCCUGGCGCCGGCCUGAGGACGCCGAGGAGGCAGGGACCCGACAGGGCUGUCCGGCCGGAACCGCGUAGCACCUCCUGCAGCGGUCGCGGGCUCGCCCUCCGCGGCCGGUGCCAUGGCCGACUCUCUCCCCUAAAGGAGACUUCCUCAGCGGUUGCUGCCGAGAGAUGAAGAACCUGUUAGAGCGUCAGACGACUUCGGGGCCGGCCAACUAGGGGGGCUCGGCAGGAGGUCGCCUGCGCCCUCCCGGGCUCGUUCCUUUCACCCCUUGAGCGAGGCCUCGCUCGCGUCCGGGCACGCGGCCGGGUUCAGAGAGCACCUGGGCCCGGCGGGGCGUGCGGGCAGCAUGUUUCCCCGGAGGCCGCCGGUCGGCCUGGCUGCCUGGCUGCUGGUGGGCGCGGCGGCGACCGGGCGCGCGGGGGCGCGGGGCGGGGGCCUGCUCGCCCUGCUGGCCAAUCAGUGCCGCUUCGUGACGGGCCUGCGCGUGCGGCGGGCGCAGCAGAUCGCGCAGCUCUACGGCCGCCUCUACUCGGAGAGCUCGCGUCGCAUCCUCCUUGGUCGCCUCUGGCGCCGGCUGCGCGGACGCCCAGGCCAUGCCUCUGCCUUGAUGGCGGCGCUCGCCGGCGUGUUCGCGUGGGACGAAGAGAGGAUCCAGGAGGAGGAGUUGCAGAGAUCCAUUGAUGAGAUGAAACGGUUGGAGGAAAUGUCAAGUACGUUUCGGAGCUCUGGAGUUGACCACCACCCUCCAGAACCAAAAUCCCCAACAGAAAGGGAUGAAGAUUCAGGAGGCAAAGAGCAACCGUGGGAAAUGGUGAUGGAUAAGAAACACUUCAAGCUGUGGCGGCGCCCCAUUACAGGCACCCCCCUUUACCAGUACAGAGUUUUUGGAACCUACACAGAUGUGACACCUCGGCAGUUCUUCAAUGUUCAGCUGGAUACAGAGUAUAGAAAGAAGUGGGACGCCCUGGUGAUCAAGCUGGAAGUGAUCGAGAGGGAUGUGGUUAGUGGUUCUGAGGUUCUUCACUGGGUAACCCAUUUUCCUUAUCCAAUGUACUCACGGGAUUAUGUUUAUGUUCGGCGGUAUAGUGUGGAUGAGGAAAACAACGUGAUGGUGUUGGUGUCACGGGCCGUGGAGCACCCUAGUGUGCCAGAGUCUCCGGAGUUUGUAAGGGUCACAUCAUAUGAGUCCCAAAUGGUGAUCCGUCCCCACAGGUCAUUUGAUGAGAAUGGCUUUGACUACUUGCUGACGUACAGUGACAAUCCCCAGACAGUGUUUCCUCGCUACUGCGUUAGUUGGAUGGUUUCCAGUGGCAUGCCAGAUUUCCUGGAGAAGCUGCACAUGGCCACUCUGAAAGCCAAGAACAUGGAGAUCAAAGUGAAGGACUAUAUCUCGUCUAAGCCUCUGGAAGUGGGUAGUGAAGCCAAGGCCACCGCCCCAUCUUCUGAGCGGAAGAGUGAGGGUAGCUGUGGCCCUGCCCGGAUUGAGUACGCCUGAAGGACUUUCAGAUAAGUAGGGACAGGCUGCUUCUAGCCCUGUCUCCGUGUCUUAUCACUCACUCUGUUGCAGAAUAAACAGGACGUGUAUUUGAAGGUGUCUGCUGUAACCACCAGUGCAAGAUAAUUCAAUCCUGGUGUCCGGUCUGUUCAGAGCCCUACUGCUGUUUAUUAAAACAGAAGAAGGAGGCGUCCGAGGGGGCAUCGUCAUAUUCUCAGGCCAAGCAUUUGGAAAUUUGGUGUUUCGCUGAGCUAAUCUGGAACAAGCCUCUCACCUCAGGCCAGAGGGGACAACAUCUUUUACUUCCUCUGCCCACAUUCCAUUCUCAGCCUCGGUUCUGCAGCACUCUGGGUUUCCUUCGGUUCUGAAGGUCCAGCUGGACCACCUGGACGGUUGCGUCUUCAGUGAGGGAUAGUGGGGAGUGCUCUGGUUGCGGUCCUGGUGUUGAGUGGUGUGAACUGUUGCUUGGCAGUGUAAGUGCCUCGUCCUCACCUUCUCCUGUCUUUAGGGACAUAAAGUUUGUGCCAAGAAAUAUCACUCUUGGCCUCCCAUCCACACCCCAUUGACUCCCUCUACCCAGAGCAGUUUCCUUUGAGUUGACCAGUUCUUCUGUAUUCGUGUGCUGUAUUCAUCUGGGUCGUUGCCUCCUCCCGCAGGCCGAUUACCAAGAACACUGGGAGACGGUGGCUCUCUGUAUCAUCAGUGUUUUUGAUGGGAUCAGUGGAGAUGCUCGACACAUUACACUUUAGCUGUUUUUUUUUUUUUUAACCUUUGUGUUAAACAGUGGGAAUUGGGGAGUUGAAUAGGAUUUUUCCAUAGUCUGUAUAGAAGACACCAUUUUGAUUGAGGCGUUAUUUUUCACACUUCAGGUUUGACUGGAUGCUCAGCACUUGCCUGUCCUGGAAGGCUAAAGGCAGAGGAGUGGGGAUUGGGCGCCUCCCUUGGAGCUCUCAGAGCUGUAGACAAGCUGUGUGAACAGCUAGAUGGAAGUUUGUCCCAAGUGCUAAUAUAGAGGGGGAUGUGGUUUAUGUGACCCUCUUGUCCCUCUGAGAAGCUUUUCCUCCUUUUCUAAGCUAAAAUAAGAGCAAACUACGCUGUUCAGAUAAAGUCACAACCAGAUGGGAUCAGUCUGACUGGAGAAUCGGGAACAGCUUUCAAAUCCUCCUCGCUCCCCUUAUUUCUUAGAAUUUGAAUGACCAGAUUGCUCCCCACCCCACUCGCUACCCUUUUGCGUUGUUGAAAGGGGAGCUAAACCUGAGACGAACUUUAAGCCCCUCGACCUUUCUGUUGCCUAAGUACUGUGCCAAGGAAAUGCCUGCCCCGGUGUUUCAAGUCUUGCGUUCUCUGCGUCGUUGGCAGAGCAGGGAGAUGCAUCUGGCAGUCCCAGCUUCCUUUCGUUGAUUGUGUCUCUCUCCUCAUCCCCAGGGCCUGACAGACCAGGAAGAGUCCCUCAGUUACGGUUACGUUGGAAGUUAGUGCCUGUGAUUGUUGGGACGUGGGUGGCGUGGGUGAGUGGUGUGAGUGCACAUGUGAUAAGGGGCUGGGCGUUGCCCAUAUGCUUUUUGGCAAUUUGACUCUGCACUUGGGGUUGGUCUAUACAAUUGCUUAUGUCAUUGUAAUGAUUUCACUCCUGUGACAUUUUUAUCAAAUGUGUGAAUAAAAAGAUUGGUAUGAAA